UUUUGUACUACAUUACCAGUAUUUUUAUCAGUGCUUGCUUACGAAACAACGAUGUUACCGUAUCCCGGCAGAUUGAGCGUAUUUUGUUUUUGCACUUCUUCCUCAUUUGCAUUCAUCCUCUUUCUUCAGUUGAUUCCGAUUCAUAGUCGCUUCAAUGUGUAUGAAAAUAUACUUUGGGUCUUUCCUUUGUAUUACCUCAUUUUGAACUUAGUGCUGAUGAUUUUUCUGAGAGGCUUUGCGCUUCAAAUCGCAAUUCGAGCUUCUUUCUUGGGCAUGAUAUUUGCAGCGGGUAUUUUUAUACAGCUCCUUGCUACAUCAACUCUUCAACCAUUCGGAUGGUACAUGUGUUUCAUGUCGUUUUUCCACUUUUCGGAAUUUUUGGCAAUUGCUGCAACGGAUCAUGGAAAUUUGUCCGUCAAGUCAUUCAUUUUGAAUCAUAGUCCAGCAUACAAUAUUGCUGCCGUCACUAGUUGGGUUGAAUUUUUUACUGAGUGGUACUUUUGGCCUGGAUUAAAACUGAUCCGUAGCGCGAGUUACAUAGGGAUCUUGAUGUGCAUUGGAGGAGAAGCCCUUCGAAAAGCAGCAAUCUUCACAGCAGCGAAGAACUUUAAUCAUAUUAUCCAGUCCGAAAAGAAGGACGAUCAUGUUCUUGUCACUCAUGGUGUUUACAGUCUAUGCAGACAUCCCAGUUAUGUUGGUUGGUUUUACUGGUCCAUAGGCACCCAGUUCGUUCUUGUUAAUCCUGUCUGCACAGUUGGUUAUGCCAUUGCUAGCUGGGUUUUUUUCAACAAUCGAGUAGCAACUGAGGAAGUGACCUUGUUAAACUUUUUUGGCAGCGAUUAUAUCGACUAUCAGAAGAAAGUUGGAACCGGCCUCCCGUUUAUCUCUGGUGUCCGAAUCGAUUUGCCUCAAAAUCCAUCCUCAUGACAUCGAACGUAAAGUGGUGUAUACCAGUCAGUGCACUAUGGUUAUUUCAUCUGAUCAAUGCAAUCUUGCUGAUGAUGCCAGACGGAUUUGAAGUUGGAUGUUGGUAUUGUCUUUGAAAAGUUUUCUUGUUGUAGAAAUUCUUUCAUUCUCUACAAAUUCUGAACAUAACUCUGCUGUAAUUUCCUACAAGUGAACUUGUUCAGCAACUUGAUCUCCAGUAUUCUCAGCUGACUUUCCCAAAUACGAGUUAGUUGACGGCUACUGUAACUCCUUUUGCCUCUUCCUCUGUACAGAACUGUAAGCAGAGGACAGUUGGAUAGUUUUUAGCAAAAAGGAACUAGCACAAUUACAGUGUUGUAAAAAUGAUUGUUGCCUCUUCAUAAGUUUCACAAAAUCUCUCCCAGAAUAGCAAAUAGUCUUUGCUUCCCACCCAAAAAUUGUUGAUCUAAAAGGAAACUAAUUGUGUAAAAAUACUAUACAUAUAUUUAAAUUGGUUAUUUUCGAAAGAAAGGAAGUUGCACGAUUUUGAAAACACUGAUGAGGCCGGUUCCUUUUUGCUAAAUGCAAUCCAGUUGAGACCACUCAUGUCUCGGUUAAAAUUGCACGGAUACUUAAAAAUUGAGAUAUUCUUCCACAAGGUUAAAUCUUGUGGAAUGUUGAUUUCCUUGAAAAAAGAAGAAGUUCAGUUGAUAUUGUCCUUUUUAUACCUACAUGUGCCAAAACUGCUGAACUUCUUAUUUCUUUGUUCCUUGCAUAAUUAUCAUGCUCUUUGCCUCUACUUUUUAAGAACCUUUUCAUUUAGUUACUGCACAUUCUUUUCUGCAUAUAAGAAGUCAAUUUUAUAGAUGCCUGUAUUCUCUUGGUUGUUGUCAAUAAUGUUUUUUCCGCUAUUUUUGCUGGAAUGUUUGACAAUGUUUAAUUUGUUGAAGGUCAUGGUAAUGGCAUUUUCUUUUAGAAGCUUAGUCUAAGAAUCUCAUUAAAGAAGUGGUCUCUUUUUCAUCCCAUUUUUUAUGCAAUAAAGGCGUGGCCUUAUGGGUUUUUCUUUUA